UUCAGAGUUUAGUACCGUACGAAACCUUGACGCGGCAAGUUGUGUGUAGUUUGCUUGUUGUGUCUCUCGAAGUGAUAGGAGGCAAUACGGUCUCUCAUCACAUUUUCCUCAUCAGGAAAUGGAUUUCUAGUGGAAAUGGCAGGUAGUGAACGUUCUGUGACCAUAUUUUCCGAUCUAGUCGAACGAAAAAGUGAUUUUAGAAGCGUUGAACACCGGUGUGUCGAAAAGUGAUAUUAGAAUAAAAAUUACAAGCUUUAUUUUUAGAUUUGUGUGGCUGUGUGAGGGUUAGAUUUAUUUCUUGUUUUCCUUGAUCUGUGUGUGAAGGGGAAUUGAUAUAUUUUACAUAAAUAUCUUGAAAUUGUGUGUAGGGGGGACGAACAAUGGAAGCAGCAACUGAGGAGCCUCGAUCAACUUCAAGAUCAUGUGUUAGUGCCAAUGUUGGUGUAACUUCCAACACUGUUGUACGGUCUCAAAGUACCCGUUCCAAACUGUCAUCUGUGACUUUGGACAUCAUCAAUAGUAUUUCCCCGGGAUCUUCGAAAGCCCUGACCAGUGCCUUCCUGGAGGUGAUCCGUAAGGCGUCUGAGACGGCUACCCCGGCUCCCGAAAAUGUUCCUGCAACCGAUUCGCUAGCCUGCCAGCUGUGCGGCUGUGCCUUCUAUCGGCCCGUCACACUUCCCUGUGGACACACGUUCUGCAAAAGUUGUCUGCACAAGGAUGCAGUCAAGUGCUGUCCGAAUUGUGGACAAAAGUUGCCGGCGCGCCUCGAGACGAACGUUCUGAUCAAGACGCUGCUGGAGAAGUGGUGUCCCGCGCAAAUCAACGCCGCUCGCCUCCUAGAGGAGGGCAACCGCCUCCUCAAGGAUCACGCCGAAGAGGCACUCGUCAAGUUCAAGGAUGCCUUAGCUGCUGCUCCCAACAACCAUGCUGUCCUAUGCAGUCGAUCUCAAGCUUUUUAUCAGCUCAACAUGCUGCAAGAGUCAUUAGCUGAUGCUGACCAAGUGACAAGAAUAAAACCACAAUGGAGUAAAGGUUACUAUAGGAGAGGAAUGGCACUAUCGGCGCUAGGUCACAAUGAAGAGGCACUCAUAUCGUUUGGAAUUUGUAUAGCACUAGACAACAAUGUAUAUGCUGUGAAACCAGAUGUUACUAGGUUACUUCAAAGGCUGUUCCAGAAUAAUUCUAUGCUAAUAUACCACAUUCGUAUUCCCACUCUUUUUUAUGUUGGAGUGCUUGAACCCUGCAGAAAUCAAGCUUCUUCUUUCAUGCGUCAGCGCAUCAUCGGCAUGUCUUUAUUUGCUGGGCUUGGUACACGAAGGAACUGGAUAGGCUACACGCAUUACACAAUUAAACCCACGGAGUGUGGCGUGAAGACGACUUCGUCGAGCUUUGUGGUGAACUCGAACAGCGUGGAGCCGGCGGACUUCGACUGCAUCCUGUGCUGUCGCACUCUGUGGCGACCCAUCACCACUCCCUGUGGCCACACUUAUUGCUCUAUGUGCCUCGAACGCUGCCUCGACUACAGGUCCACCUGUCCGCUCUGCAUGACGUCACUGGCUGAUUACCUGUCAGUGCACGGCAAACAGGUUACCGACUGGGUGGAGCGAGCCCUGGUACUGACCGUGCCGAGUGCAUACGCCGCCCGCAUGCUGUUGCACCGGGAAGAGGUGCUGGCCCCUCCCGCAGCCGACACGCCAGUGUUCGUCUGCACGACCGCCUUCCCGUCCGUGUCCUGUCCGCUGUUCGUGUUCGAGCCGCGCUACCGCCUCAUGGUUCGUCGCUGUGUCGAGGCCGGGACGAGGCAGUUCGCCAUGGCCGCCGCCUGUAUUGUCAAUCAGCAUGGCGCCAAGAGAUACGCUGACUUCGGCACAAUGCUGGAGAUCAAGGACUGGGUACUCCUGGCCGACGGUUGCAGUAUUCUGUCGACGGUCGGAAUGCGUCGGUUCCAGGUGAUGUCACGGGGCGAGAAAGACGGCUACGACACGGCCCGUGUUCAGUACAUCACUGACACGCCUAUUCCCGCACACAGAUACAACGAUGUUUGCGAACUGCACGACUUCGUCUACCGCAAAGGUCGCAGAUGGUUCAACGAGCUGACGUCAUCUCUGCAGACGGACACUUCCACAACUUUUCUAUUAACGAUUUUUGUUACACGCUUGUAUUUUAUGAAAACACUUAUACUUAUGUUUUUUCUGUUGCAGGUUGGAAUACUGAGAACAACUUGCCUCGAGAAAAGACUCAAGGUGAUUGCCAAAACCCUGGACCAUAUUGUUCAGUGCCAGCAGUACCAGGGAUUGACAAGGCACAAGCCUCUCAAACGAUCUGAAGAGCCAACUGUAGUUGAGACCAACUCAUGACAUAGGAUGAGGCGGAGAGUCCUCACAUACCUAGCUACCUACAUAUAGUAGGCUACACAUGUAAUGUACCUAGUACGUACAUAGUACCUAGCUAGCUACAGAUAGUACAAUCCUCCGUGUAUACUCAGGCUGGCCGCAUGUGAUACAACAAAUACACAUGUUAAUCAGCACACAUAGCAACUUUAUUAAUAUUUAUACAUAUAGUUCCCUCAAUUAUUUAUUGAAUACAAUUCCUAGAUUUAGAAAGUUCUAAUCCAAAGACUUGUAAUAAGUGAACACAUUUGUAUAGUAAAAUUAUUGAAUUCAACUAAAUAGUACAAUAAAUUAAUAUUAUAAACAAUUCUUGAAGACUUGUUAAAGUUCAGUAUAUAAUAAACAACUAGUAGAAUAUAGAUAUAGCAACAAAUUCAUUGAACUUGAACAAUGAUAAGGCAAUAAGAUAACGCACACUAUUUGUUAUUAAUAAACCUGUAGUUUAACUCAAAUUUAAUAAUGAAAUUAUUUAUUUUUCUAUCUUGAUUUUGUUAGAAAUAAUUAUGAGCAUUGCGUAGCAUUGUAAUUAUUAUUGCGUGUUACUGGAGUCUUUGGAUACUGUUGUUUUUUGCUAAUGAUAUAAUGGAUUUUCAACAAAAAUCAUUUAUAAAUUUUACAUUAAAAUUGAUAAAUCAUUUCAUGCAAUUUUGAAACUCGACUUGGCUGAUAUUUAUAAACAGUAGAUGACAAAAACGAUUCUAAAAAAAAUAGUGUACGCUAGUCUCAAUAACAAAAGUCCAGUAGGCCUAUAAAAACUUUUCACUGUUUAUUUUUGAAUUUUAAUUGUAGAAAGUAACCCAAUGAAGACUCCAAUAUAGUAAUAUAGCAUUCAAGAUUAAUGUUUCUCACAUUCUUACAAAUUAUCACCUUGGAAAAUAACGUUUGAUCAUUAUUUGUUAGAAUAGUAUUGUGAUGCUAGCCUAUUAAAAACUACAUUAUCCUAGGAAUUAAUAUGGUAUGUGUUAUUAACAAAUAAAUAAUAAAUUCAGGUGUCCAAGUAUAAUCUGGAAAUUGUCUUUUUUCUUUAGGGCUAGGUACUCUUAAAUAUAAAUAGAAAUUGGAAAUCUAUGUACCCUUUUCAAAUUACCGUGUGAACAAUAUUGUGAUUCAAUUUUAAAAGGGUACUUGGAUUUAUAAUUUUUAUUUAUAUAUUUAAAUCUGGAAAUUAUUUGUGAAUUUAUCUCAAUAUUUGUGUAUUAUUUGAUUGGCAUUAGUUUGUGUGAUUUUUUCAUAAUUUUAUUGAGGUAUUGAAUUUUAUCUACAUUUAUUUAUUUUUAUUCAAAUCCUUAUGAACUACAAUGAGAAUAUUAUACCUUUUUACUUCAAUAUUAGAAUGCAAUAUCUUAAAAUGCUCCAAAGAACAUUCUUUUCCAGAUUCAUUUAGAAAAGAAUUCAACAGCAUUCGUUAGUUUUCUCAAAAUGAGAUUUUUGACAAUUGCAACCUCUAUGUGCUAUGAAUAAUAACGCUUCAGUACCUAUGUUUUUUGAAUGCGUAUAAGAUUGUAUCGAAUAAAUUAUAAAAAUGUUCUGUUACAAAAUGUAUUAGAAAGGCACGGUUACUAAAUUUCCAUAUAUUGGAAUGAGUUGAGUUAAUAAUGUAAUUAUUGUAAUUAAUAAUUCGAAAACCGGUUAAUGCAUUUUUUAAAUAAAAUACUAACAAUUUGUUCGAUUUUGUUUUCUAUCAUUUAAAUAGAAUAAAGCGAGCAUUCAAAUAAUUGUCAAUAAUUUACAUGGAUGAGUCAUUCAAGAUAAAAUGAAAUUAAUGUUUAUAUUCGCUCAUUAACAUGUUAGAAGUGUAUGCAUAGUAGGGUAGUAACCAAUAGAAAUCAAGUAUACGAUACUUGUUUUUAAUAGGUACCUAACUGAACUCUAAAUUUUAUCGAUAAGAAAUUAUUUAUUAAUAGAGAGUAAGGUAAGAUAAUCAAUUGAAUUUUGAUGUGAUAUAUAUUUUUCAGUGACAUUUUCAUAAAAUAUUUUGGAAAUAAACUCAUUUAUACAUGUUA